CCAUUGGAGAGACCCUUUCUUCUCUUCCUCUGUCUUCCCCCUUUCUGUUCAUUUUCAUUUCCAAUUAUGAUCACGCUAAAUUAGGGUUCUUAAUCUGAAUUCGGUGAUUGAUUCUUAGAGACAUAAGGUAUUGUAUUCUGCAUCAGAAACAAACAGGCGCUUCUAGAUCUGCUAUAAUCCUUCGAUCGAUUCGUCACGCAUUUAGUCAGAUCAGUACAUACGAAAUGGAGUUGUCAAACAACAUUACUACAACCUUCAUGAAUUACAUGAAAAAUGCGUCUGAUUGGGUGACAUUUGCAUAUGAUGCCCCUUUUGCUCGAGCUGUUUUGUUUGGAGUUCCCAUUGGAGGUCAUCUGUUUGUGGAAGGUCUACUCCUGGUAGUUAUUCUCUUCUUACUGUCUCAAAAGAGUUAUAAGCCACCUAAGCGCCCUUUAACAAAUAAGGAAAUAGACGAGCUAUGUGAUGAAUGGGUACCGGAGUCUCUUAUCCCACCUAUAAAGGAAGAGAUGGAAAAGGAAGCUCCAGUAUUGGAGAGUGCUGCAGGACCACAUACAACAAUUAAUGGCAUAGACGUGGUGAAUUUUGCUUCAGCGAAUUACCUAGGAUUGAUGGGACAUGAGAAGUUACUUGAAUCAUGCAUCUCUGCUCUGGAGAAAUAUGGUGUUGGUUCUUGUGGCCCUCGUGGAUUUUAUGGAACAAUUGAUGUUCACCUCGACUGUGAAGCCAGAAUAGCACGGUUUCUGGGAACUCCUGAUUCCAUACUCUAUUCGUAUGGACUUUCGACUAUGUUCAGUGCAAUUCCAGCAUUUUGCAAGAAAGGAGAUAUUGUUAUUGUAGAUGAAGGUGUUCACUGGGGCAUACAGAAUGGAUUAUAUCUGUCAAGAAGUACGAUUGUAUACUUUAAGCACAACAACAUGGAGUCUCUGCGAAGUACCCUAGAAAAAGUCACUCAAGACAACAAGCGAGCUAAGAAGUUGAGACGCUACAUCGUGGUUGAAUCUGUGUACCAGAAUUCUGGUCAAAUUGCUCCACUGGAUGAGAUAAUCAGACUGAAGGAGAAGUACCGGUUUCGUGUUCUUUUAGAUGAAAGCAACUCUUUUGGUGUUCUUGGCAAAUCUGGUAGAGGUCUAACUGAACACUACAACGUUCCUAUCGAUAAGGUAGAUAUAGUAACUGCUGCUAUGGGACAUGCAUUGGCCUCAGAAGGUGGAUUUUGCACUGGAAGUAAUAGAGUUGUCGAUCACCAACGCCUCAGCAGCUCUGGUUAUGUCUUCUCAGCAUCUCUGCCACCAUACUUGGCAAGUGCUGCAAUUACCGCCAUUGAUGUCAUAGAGGAAAACCCUCAACUUUUAACAAAGUUAAGGGAUAAUGUCAAAACAUUAUGUACAGGAUUGUUGGGAAUACAGGGCCUUGAAAUUGCAAGCGAUAUACUGUCACCUAUUGUGUUCCUUAUACUAAAGAAAUCCACAGGAUCCUUGAAGAAUGAUCUUCAGUUGCUUCAAGAUAUUGCUGAUCGUGUACUGAAAGAACAUUCGGUUUUCGUGGCACCUUCUAAAAGAUCGACUCUUGACAAAUGCAAUCUGCCUGUUGGGAUCAGAUUGUUUGUUUCAGCUGCUCACACAGAAUCUGAUCUGCAAGAAGCUUAUGAAUCGCUGAAGAGCGUUGCAGCCUCAAUAUUGACAGGUCAAAACUGAAUACCAAAUUUCUGAAAGAAAAUGAUGAAAAGUAGAUUUAAAUGGUCUUUUUAAAGCUUCAACUUAUGUGAUAGUUUAUUGUACCAUUCUUGAUAUAUCUAAUAGAUUUUCUUUUUA